ACACUCGUUUUUGUUUUUGUGUAUAAUUGUGGAUCUGCGAGCGGGCCAGAUGGAAGAGCGACGCUUGGACCGUGCACGACGUGACUCUGCCAAGAGCGCGGCCGCACCCACGCUGCCCUCGUCGCUGGACAAAAGCUUCAACAUACGCCUGGCGGAACUGUACGGGCAGCAUGAGUGCCUGUGGAACACCACGCUGGCCGAGUACCACAACGUGCAGCUGAAGAUGCAGGCCUGGGAGGCCAUCGCCAGUAUGCUGGGCAGCCAUCUGACUGCCGGUUUCGUGCGCAACCGGAUCAGCGCCUUGCGGCAUCAGCUGAAUGUGUACAAGCUGCAGAUGAUCGAGUACAAGAUGUGUCCCGGCGAGGGCACGGAGCCCGAGAAGCCAUACCACCUGGAGGCGUUCGCCUAUCUGGACACGAUACGCACGCCGCCAGAGAAGGAGGAGAGUCCCGUGCCGGCGGGCAAGCGGGAGCGUACGCUGCGGACGCAGAAGAGUCCGGACGCGCAGCCAGAGCCGGAACCUGACUUCACCCAAAUUAGGUACACCAAUGACUGGAGCAUCACGAAAAUGGUGAGGCAGCGCUUGGCGGGCACUCAGCCGCACCAACAGCCAAUCAACUGGUCGCGGCUGAGCAACAGUGCGUACAGCUUCAGCGACAGCAUGCAGGUCUUCCUCGAUCCCCAGACAGCCACGCCUCCCCAUCUGAGAGCACGGCCGGGCGCAUCCGCCUCGUCCGAAACUGUAUCCUCCAUACCUGGAUUCGAGCGCGAGCAAGAACGUGAGCGUGAGCGUAAGCGAGAGCGAGAGCGUGAGCGAGAACGUGCACGCAAGCGAGAGCAAGAGCGCGAGCAAGAGCACGAGCAAGAGCGCGAGCAAGAGCGCGUGCGAGCCCGCUCCAAAGAGAAACCAUCGACAGCGAUGCCACGUAAAGUGGAGCGGCGCGAGAGAGAGUCGGAGGAUAUGGAGUUGUUCCGCCUGCAGUGGGCCGUUCGCCAGCAGAUGCCCUCGCGUCGACCCUCUCGCCCGAACGCGCCUCCAAAGCCGGCACUGCCCAUGCCCACGAUAGCCGCGCACCACCACAAAACCAUUACGAAGCCAAAACAAUUAUAACACCAACAAAAAGACACAACCCCCACACAUAUACACAACAUAGCGCCAACAUAAACGUCACGAGUAGUGUGCAUCAGGCAAGCGAAACCGCAAU